AUAGGAACAGGUUACACCAUGCUAUUGUGGAAACACUUGUGUGCACAAGAAGUUGGCUGCAAGCUGAGUUGGCUGGAGAUGAUGUUGCUGCUGAAGCAGGAGUGUUGGAAGGAUGUUUCUCCCCUACAAGUGAAGUCAAUCUGGUUCAGCUCCAACCUGAUGCUGAAACUACUAAAGAGCAAGCCCCUCGUUUCAAGCUUAUGUUUUGUUUGAGUUUUGUUGUCUUGGCUGCUGAGUGGAACCAAGGAAUGCAGAAUGCUGCAUUGUUGUUGCUGCUGGAAAGUGGAG